UAGAUCUAUUUUAUAUCUACAUUCUACAAUCUACAGUAAAUGAGCUUUGUUGCAUCAGAUGAAAACAUCGCUAGUCUUUAUUUAUUCCUGAAAAGUUUUAGUACGAUUGUUUAAAAACAGCCAGACCAGCAGAGUUUUCCCUCAUCCUACAGAAGACUCUAUAAAAUCCUACAAAAUCAGAAGUACGACUAUUAUGUUAAAACCAUAACACCUUAAAACACAGCAAUUAAACUGAAGAGGAUUUUCUGAUGCAAGAUGCCUGAUAAUAGUACUAAUACAUCUGAUAGCAUAAAAAUAAGCUUUGUUCAUAAAGGCAUUUUGCCUAAAAUUAUACCCACUAAUGUUGAAGGACCUGAUCUAACCUAUUACGGUGUGUUGCAAAUAUGCCUACAACACAUCUACAGAACUAUAUGUGCGAACACAACAGAUGAUAAACUGUUUGGACCUCAGUUUGAGCAAAUGUUUGGCCUACUGAUGUGCCCUGAAGAAAACAACUGGCUUCCACAUAACUAUGUAUUCGCUAAAACCUCAGAGAAGCCGAGAAAUUAUAUGCUGAAAGUUCGUUUCCGUCCUCCACCCUCCUCGUCAAUUUUUGACCUGAAAAACAAUGUGAUGCUGGAAUAUUUAAUCCUGCAGAUGCUGGAUGAAUUCCUAACUGGCAAGCUUGGAGAAAGUAAAAGAUUUGAUGACAAAAAGCUUUUUACUAUCCUCACCAUAGCUAUGCUUUUCCCUAAAAAUUUGCCCCUCGACAGUUCAGUAACAGUCGAUCAGAAAUAUAGAGAACCCCCUAUAAGGUUUUGGAGGUUAGAUCGCCUCUUCUCAAAAUACAUCAGGAAGCGCCUGAUCAGUCAAAAAAUAAUUGACCACUACUGGAUAUGUAAUGGGUUGAAGGAUAACAUCCGCAAGAUGAAGCAGACAGGUCAGAAACUGUAUUACUACAAAAAGUUAUUUUAUGAUAAGAUUGUUGAAGCUGAGCCUACCUACUGGGUGGAGCAGUAUGAAGCCUUCAGCAUUGGGAACAAUGGAUGUCUAGACAAAGUGACUGUUACCAUUAACCUCAUUGGUGAAAAUCAUCAACCAGCUUUAUUUUAUGGUGAAGUACUGCAGUGCAUGUUUUUAGAAAUAUUUACAAUCAAACUAGAGGGGCCAAAGAACCUGCUUGCCCGUGCUUGGACUGUGCUGAUUGAGUUAAAAAAUGAGGCUCCAAAACAUUUACAAUUUGAACAAGAGGAGGCAGCCAAGUCCUUUAUUUCAAUGGUGCAGGGUUUCUUCUGGCUUUACGUCCGCUAUGACAUCUGCUUGAGCCUAGAACUUCAAACAGCAAAAGCCAAGAUGAACCAUGACCUCGUUAGCUUUGGGCCACUUGCCCAUGAAACUGCAGAAUCUUUUCUCAAGGACCACGGUAGACUUGAACCAGGAAAGAAAAUUUUUCUGAUCCACGAAAGUUUAUCUCACUACAAAUGCUAUGAUGUUGUCGUUUAUUGUAUUUCUGGGAAUGAAGCACAGUUUCAAAGACAUCUGAUUGAAUGUUCAGAUGACCGAACUUUCAAGUUGAUUAAAGGUUCCGACAGGCAAGAUAUCGUAGUCUAUGAUUCUCAUGUGGAGUUAAAAAAACAUUUAAAGGACACUAUUGGAUCACAGAUAAACCCAACAAAUUAUCCAAUGGUUGCUGAGGUCAAUAAAUUCUUUCAACUUGAAAACAUUGAACCCUAUGAACAGGAUCAAUCGAUCGAAGACAAGGUGUCUAACGACCCUGGUAUAUACCUACGAGAGGAUGUCUGCCAAGGAUGGAAACAUAUCAAAGACAAGAACCCUUUUAUAAAAAAAUAUGAAGUGGUGAUCAAAAGUCAGAAGAUGCUUCUGCUAGAACUGCAGUCAGAGGAUGGUAAAAUGGCUGAGGCUUUCAGAGGUGGAAUUCAAGACCUUAUGAAGCUUCACAAAUGCAAACCUGCUAACUUCCUCAAGUUCUAUGGGGUAUUGUGGGAAAAGAAAAUGUGUGUUCUAAUGGAAUAUGCACCCCACAGUGACCUCUUGACCUUCAUCUGCACUCACCCCCAGACUGUCAAACAAAAAGUUGAGAUCAUGUAUCAGAUUAUUAAAAUUUUGGAUGUCAUGAAAGAAAAUAAAUUGUACCACGGAAGUAUCCGACUUCGACGAUUUAUGGUCUUUCAAAAUAAACCACUGGAUCAGGCGCUUAUCAAAUUAGGUCACUCUGGUAUCUCCUCCUACCUGGACUCCUUACCUGAUGAUGUCAACAACAUUGAUAGAUACCCCUGGCUGUCACCAGAGAGAAGAAACAACUUGGCCACAAUAACCUACGAGUCUGAGUGUUAUGCUGUGGGUACCACCCUGUGUGAGAUGAUUUACCGCAAUGAUCAGUUCCAUGUAGAACUCAAUCUAACCAGUUGUAAAGAACUCAAAGAUUAUUUGAUGGAUAAAUGUAUCCCCAAACCCAAGGCCAUAGACACGUUUGUGCAAGAAUCAGAUAACAGCACUCUUGAUGAAGGUGCAGCAUUAGCUCCAGAGGCUAAAGUGGUUCUGGAAGAGGUCUGGGAUAGAGUUAUUGCCCAAUGCUGGUUACAUGACCCAAUAGACCGUCCAUCCCCUCGAAGCUUGAUCAACAUUUUUGAUGACAUCAGAAAUAAAGCAGAUGAAAUAAGUUUUGAUACUCAUGCUGAAGUACUUAAAGAUGUCUUUUACGAUGACAUUAAAGAAGAAAUCAAUGAGACUGUGAAAAAACAGCUAACAUUAGAGGAACUUCAAAACAUUUUACAAGAAAAAUUAAAACACAAGUUUCUUAAAAAUGAGUGUGUUAAAACUACUAAAGAUCAAGUGCUUGGUCAGGGUCACUUUGGUGUUGUUUAUGAGGGUGAGGUGCGUGAACCAGUUCAGAACACUCAACAAGGUUCCGGCACUGAGUGGAAAAGAUGUGCAGUCAAAAUGUUCAACAAAGGGGUAACAGACAACAGGAAUUUGCUGAAAGAAAUUAAAAUAGCUUGUGAACUUGACCAUCCAAACAUUGUGAAGGUUUGGCAUUUCACGUACUACAACAUCAAUACUAAAUUUUUACCAAUUGCUCUCAUCAUGGAGUUCAUGACAGAAGGAAAUUUGGGGAAAUUUGCUGAAAAACAUAAGGAUUUUGUCUCCCAAGUUUUCCUUGAUAAACUGUUGAAGAUAUGCAUAGGUGUAGCUGAGGGUAUGGUGUAUUUAAGUGGCAAAGAAAUAGUCCACCGUGAUCUGGCUGCACGUAACAUUCUGCUCACCAAACAAGGACCAGACGUAGUUGCUAAGGUGUCAGAUUUUGGUUUGGCACGUAACAUGGAAGAGAAGUAUCGGUUUUAUAGAAACAAACCUGAAUCUACAUUACCUGCUCUCUGGAUGCCACCAGAAUGCCUAAGUUCUCAAUCUUCAACAUCAGAAUUUACAACUAAAGGAGAUGUCUUUUCCUUUGGGAUAGCCAUCUGGGAAGCCUUCUAUAAAGGUUUUCACCCAAGAAUUAAAAUAGGCAAAAUUCAUAACAAAAAUAACCUCCAUGAUGAACUGUAUGCCAAAUACCAUGCUGGCUUUCGCCUGCCUCAGAAGCCCUACAUCCAUGACAAACUGUACAGCAUCAUGUUGAAGUGCUGGCAGCUGGACCCCAAACAACGACCAGCUUUUGUGGAACUUGUCUUGCAACUUAAAGCCUUACAGGGCCAGGAUUUAACUGUUCCAACUCCACAGGCGGGGCCGUAGCUGUUGGUAAAUGCGAAGUUGUUGGUAAAUGUGAAGCUGUUACAGUGUUUGGUACUAAUGGUAUCUAAAGAGCCUCUAGCGUUCAGUUUAUUCCUGUGUGGUGGUGUGGUGUGGACUGGCUGAGACUUGGAUUGUUUUAUCACUAUCAUUAGUAAACACAAUUUUAGCUUGUGCCUUUUUUUACACUCAGAUGAAAGAAAAAUCAUAGUGCCUAGGCAGUUAAUGAUUCUGUUGAUAAGGUCAAAAGCCUGAAGAUCUUAGUGCAAAAUUUCACAUUGAAUUAACACUGAAAUUUUCGUAACCAUUUUGAAAAAUUGUGGAAAAUUUACAUUAGUUUACAUUAAUUAGAU